CUGCAAAACCUAACAGUCUGCGAUGCUGUGAAAAUGUACAGCAACAUUUUUAGUCGAGGAUGGUCUACAGUAAUAUGGAAUAAUAGUAGCCUAGUGUUCCUGAGACGUCCAGAUGUGGAGAAAGGGGCGGGAACUGAAAAUUCAACAACAAACUCUUCAACCAAGCCAGCUCUCCUCGACGGGAUUUUUUUCUGCAUCUGACUUUAUAGGGUUUUGGUCAACUUCUAAUCGAGUUUUUCUUUAAACUGACAUAAGACCAUAUAAAAGAGAAUGAUAAGCGAACACGAAACGGGGGUUUCGGAUGCUGCUUCUGAUGCGCCAGUCGAAAACCCUCGCCCAAGUCCGAGCGAUUUGCUGGAAGUGACUUUCCUAAAGAACCCCAAUCAAAAAUAUAAAUACCGAGAAGCAGAACCCAAGAUUUUAGGGGUUGCAGAGAUAGCACUGACUGUCUUCUUCAUUAGUUCCAGAACUGCGACUUUCACAAAGGAUGAAACCAGUCGUUUUCUUACGCCCUUUUCUUCGAUUAGCAUAAUAGCUGGCGGUCUGGCAAUAGCUGCAGAGAAACUCCACCUACCAAUGCUCAAGGCUUGUUUGGGAAUGCAGAUAGUCAUGUGUGUGAUAUAUGGGUUUCUUUUGGUCAUUUUGAGCUCAGUGGCUCAUCAAAUCCCUCAAAUGUCAAUCAAUUCUACCUGCUGGCUAUACUACGAGAACCACGACGAACCACCUGUAGAUGGUCCUGAUCGUGGCAUAUGUACAGGUAUCAUGGAAGGAUAUACUCAUCUAGAGUUAAUACAUCAACUAAUAGUAGCAGUUCAGAUUGCUCUUUCGGCCACACUAGCUGUAUAUUGUUGCAAAGUUAUUCAGUGCUGUUCACCCAGUUCUUAUGUGCCUGUCAUUGCUAUGAAGUCACCCACAGCUCCAGAGUGAAAGAGAGGGGGGUAUACAUCUAUCAAGUCAUGUGUUUAUCACAUUAGGAUGUUAUUUACCUUACAACAGGAACUGAUCAUUUUGUUAUUACAUGAAUACAGCUAAUCAAAUAUAUGAUUUACUGAACUAACACAGUCACUUAUAUCAUAUUUAAACAUUUUAAGAGCAUAAAACUGCCUAAAUGUAUUAAAUGUUGUCUUUUAACAAGAUGUACAGAGCUUGUACUGAAGUAGGUAUGAUGUAUUAUUGGAAGUUGUCAUUAUAAUCUUUAAAAAAUCUUAUACAUAUUAUAUAAUAAACAUUUACUAGGUGGUUAGCGUAAAAACCAUAAUAAGAAGGUAUUAAACAAAUGCAAAUAGCUGCUUAAUGUUUUAUGUAGUUAUUGGUCUUAAUACUGUUGUGUGCCACCAGUUUGUUUUCAAUGUGAAAACAAACAUCUAGUUAUGAACUACGAUUUUACCAUAACAAUAAAAAUGUGUUACCUUUGGAACUAUAAAAACU